CACGAAGGCCACGCCCCUCAUGUUGUGCUGUUGGUGUCGAACCCGCUGACUUGUCGAUGAGGAACUAGGCCACUGCCGUCUGGACUGGGGUUCGGCUAUUAUUCGCUAUAUUUUGAGUUUCUCGUGGAUUUGCUACCUGUUAAGGUUUAUUGGUGUCGUGUUAGCGUUGAACUCGUCGAGUGUUUGUGUGUACGCGGUGUAACAGCAACAAGGACAAGAUGUCUGGAGAGCCGGUGAUAGUCACUGUGGAGACGGCCUCCGGGGCGCACAGCUCGUUCCCGGUGGUCCUGAAGAAAAUCAUGGAAAUGCCUCCUCCAAACAUCUUAGACGGCGAUGACGACAUAGAUAAGGAGAAGCUGUGCGAUGUUGGUGACCUGGGUGGAGGCGUCGGUGACAUGGGGCCGUCAGCCGCCCUCACUCCCGCCAUUUGGGACAAGACGAUUCCCUAUGAUGGUGAAAACUUCCACCUGGAAUAUAUGGACUUAGAGGAGUUUCUGAUGGAGAAUGGGAUCCCUAACUCAGUGGUGGAAGACUCAGAGACGAGCACUUCUAACGAUGACGCGGUGAAGACCAAGCCUUCCUCUUCUACCAAGCCGGACAAACUAGCCACGUCCACUGUCUCUCUAAUGCCAAUCCAGGACCUGGAUAAGUGUGACGAGGAAGUGGUGAUAUUCACGAAUGGUGAAACUGACAUCACCUGUACAGUAACUGCUGACGUCUCCAGCGACACCGACAGAUCAUCCCCUGUCAACCCAGAAGAGAUUGUCGUUGAAGUCAACUAUGAACCGGACCCCACCGACCUGGUCCUUUCAAGCGUUCCUGGGGGCGAACUCUUCGACCCACGCAAACACAAGUUCUCAGAGGAAGAGCUGAAGCCGCAGCCCAUGAUCAAAAAGGCAAAGAAGGUGUUCGUUCCAGAAGAACAGAAGGAUGACAAGUACUGGCAGAGGCGGAAGAAGAACAAUGUCGCCGCCAAGCGCUCACGUGACGCCCGCAGGUUAAAGGAGAACCAAAUCACGGUCCGGGCUGCUUUCCUGGAGAGGGAGAACGCGGCGCUGCGGUUGGAGGUGGCAGAGCUUCGCAAAGAGUGCGGCCGCUACAAGAACACCGUGGGCCACUAUGAGUCAAAGUUCGGGAAAUUUGAGGCGCCAGAAGACCAGUAAGCCACCACUGACUUACUUGUCCAGCAUGUAAAUAAACAAACCAGGAAUGGAGUGAAAAACAAGUGGAUCAGAUGAAGAGGAAGAGAGUGGCGUGUGCAAAAAAAAAUCAUAUUAAGAACUGAUAUCAGUUUAUUUUUCUUCAGUAAUCCAUGUGAGUUUGGAGAGUGACAGAAUUCUCAAGUGCUUCUUAAGUACGCCUGUACUCAUCACAUCUGUCCACCUUUUGCCGAAUGAGAUCUUGUUUUUCUCUGUUGUCUCUCUGGUAGCAGUAGUGUAGACUGGAUUUUGUAGUGAGGCGGCCGCAGAGUAAUAUUUAGGUUGCCUCCACAUUUCUUUCAGUUAUAUUCUUAUUUUGAUAAAAUCUGAGUUGUUGCUUUUUUGUUUUUUUAAAUACCUGUGACUGUGACAUUUCCAAUAACCUAAACCAGGGGUGUUCAUACUGUUCUAGAAAGUGCAGUGGAUGCAGAUGUUGGUUCCAGCUGAUGAAGCUCUCACUGUUGAACAAUGAGGUGUCUUCAGACACCUGAAGGAAAUCCUGCACCACCCCAGCCCUUUGAUGACUGGUUUGGACACCCCUGAUCUAAACUAUCUUCAGGGAUUUUAGUUCCAUCGCGCAAGAUGCCGAUGAAGAUGCAGAGUCGUGCCAUGCCCACGCUACUACUGGGUUUGAUGUGGCGGAAAAAAUUGAGGAGCAAAAAGUAGGUAUUAUUCCCAUAAUCGCAAUUAUUCGAUGGCACCAGUCUUAAAAAGCUGGUCUAUAAUGAUACAGUAGUAGCGUGGACACUGACUCGUGUAGCUUCACAGCACUGUCUGUUGCAUGUUCUGUAAAUAAUUGUAGCCUCUCUUUUUACUUGGACAUCCACAAAAGGUUUGAAUGUUUAUCAGUGUUUGGGUCUCAGUUACGUUAAGUACCGACGAUGGCGGUGGUGAAGGUAACUUGUCCGAAACAUACCUGGAUAAUCAAAUCCUGAUCCAUGUGCAAAUGGGUUUGAAAGAUGUCAUUCAUUUAUUGAUAUUGUAUUCUGAAGUCUAUAUAUAGAAGUUUGGUGUUCAGGUACUAAUAAACUCCUGCGACAUCCUUCUAAUAGGGAAAGCAGGUUUGUUUUCGCUGCUGUGCUUCCACAGAUGACAAUAUUUUACUUCAGUAAGUCAAAUAUUUUACCAAGAUAUAUGUUUUUAUACAACUAUCUUAUUCUCAUAUGUCUGCCAAGUGGGCAGUUUUUACAUCUUUAUACACAGUUGAAUAAUUCUUCCAGCCUCUACCUUUCAGUCAAGUCAUUCAAAGGAGUUGAAUACAAUAUAGACACUGCUAUAGACGGGCUUCCUGAAUCAGUCGACUUGUGUUAUGGUGUAUUUGCCUUCUUUCCGAGAACAGGUCAAUUUGAUAGAUCUUUAGCCUUCGUGGUUCAGUCUUUAAAUUUCAAGAAUCUACUUGGUGUUAGAAAUGCGGUUACCUCUUAUGUCAUGUAUGUGUAAAUAAAGCUUUCUUGAGAAUGUCAA